AUGCAUCGUCUUUUUGCUGAGCUGGAGCCAUCUUUAAUCGUCACAGAGCAAAACCUGGCAGACCGAGUUCGGUAUAUCUUGCGCUCAAAUAUAUUUGAUGUCGCCGAACUCGAACGGCUACGACGUGAGGCUGUUCCCUCGUCGGAUGAGAAUGCUACGGCUGAGGAUGCGGCGCCACAAAUGGUAGAGCAACCCGCAAACGUGGAUGCCGCCGUGAAUACCCCAGUUGUGGUUGAUUCAAACGAUGAUGGAACAGUCGCCCAGGAACUGGAAUUAGAGCAUAUGAGGAGUAUAUUGGAAGAGGCGAUUGUGGAAACGCGCAGUACGCCUCUCGAAAAUCGACCGCGACUUCCCCGCAUAGCCCUAAGCAAGCGGAAUCGGGCUGUCGUGAGGGCUCUGAACCCAAUGCUGGUUACCUAUUUGGAAGCCAGCCGGGACCUUUGCGAGACGGACUCAAUUCUUUUUGGCGCCGCGCUGGCAGUCUGCCGUAUCAUAGGCGCCAAGGUUUCCACGGCUGGACGCGCUGUUGGCCAUAGUAGCGCUAUCCCAGCAUGGAGAAGAAGAAUUGAGGAACGUAUCGCAAAGGCUAGAGCUCUCAUCGGCAGACUGAUAUGCUUCAGAUCAGGCAACAACAGGCCAAGAAUUGUGCGCACCGUCAGGAUGGCGUUUGCUGGGACAAAUGUCAGUUUGUCCCAGCCGGAUAUAACGCAAAAACUGACGGAGCGCAUAGAUGAUCUGAAGCAGAGAAUCGCUGCUUGGGGAAAGCGGAUUCGGCGAUAUACCGAGAGGUCGACACGGUUCAACCAGAAUCGUCUCUUCCAGAGUGAUCAGAAGAGGCUCUAUGAAUCAUUGGAGCGACCAAUGGUAAGUGGAACGGGUCCAGCACCGAAUCAGGCCGACACUGUAGCAUUCUGGCGCGGCCUGUGGUCAGAGCCCGUAAACCACAGCGAGGGCCCUUGGACGGAAGUUUUGGCGAGUCAGUGUGCGGGUAUUACGCCCAUGGACCCCGUCAUCAUAACGCCGGAUGACGUAGCUGAGGCGGUUCGUAGGGCCCCGAACUGGAAAAGUCCGGGGCUUGACGGGCUGCAUCACUACUGGCUGAAGGGGUUCAUGAAUGACUUGCAACUACGGACUCAUCUACGCGUGUUUAGCAACGAGGACUAA